AUGUCUAUCUCCCACACUGUAGCAAAUGCGCUUCCAUCGACGCCUCCCAAAGAUGUGCCACCGCCCACACCCGUGAACUUCCCGCGCUACUUCGCCGACUUAACGGCGGGCGGCGCCGGUGCGGCUUCUGGUGGCCCGUCUGGGCCCACCAAGAAACUUCCUCUGACGGCCAUCCUGCAGAGCAUUGUGCGCCCAACGGAUAUUGGCCUUGAGCACUUUCAGGCCCUUGGCGUCCACAUCAAGCAGAACGCCGAGCCCACAGUCCUCAUCCCUGAAUACCACACCCUCGUUCCCGAUUUUUCCACGUGGGAGGACAUCUCAUACGACGAUGCCCGCGAACUCAACGAAUCUACACGGCGACCGCUUAACAACGGCAACCGGUCUCCGGGUAUCCAAACCUACCUGGACCGGAGACGCGAAUUGUCUAUUGAUAAUAACGCCGCCUACCGGUCCGUGCGCCGUAUGCAACCGCUACAACCCGGCCAGCCGGCAGUGCGGCUUGGUAACGCCUACGAGUUUUACCGUCAUCUCGAGAGCUUCUCUGCGUAUUGGGAUGACACAUCAAUGGCGCUGCCUCCGGACAAAAACCCCUCCAAGUCGCCAAGUGCACCGUCGGAUAGAGCCGACGCCCCCGAUUCCAAGACCGCCAACGAACAAGGCGACGAAAGCAUCGAUGCCGAUGGCGGCGACGGCAAUGAGAGCGGUUGCGAUUCCGUCUCUUCGGCAUCCUCUACAGCAGUUACGACGGACUCGGAAAGCAAACCCUCAUCACCAGCCAAGGACGGUGUACCGUCCGUUCCCGAGUUCCGCUUCUACCGAACCAACGCUGGCAGUCAGAUGCCGCCAGAAUAUCGACUCCAUAUUAUCACAGCUUUCCUCAAGCUUGUCGCCUAUGACUUUGGCUGCAACGUUUCUGCACCCCGUGUGGAGCCCCGUCUAUACCUCAACACGGGGACAAUAUCGCUCGAAGAAGCGCAAGACAAUCCGUCUGACAAAAAAGGUAACGUUGAAGAUCAAAAACAAAACCAGGAUCAGCCACACGCAGUCCAAGCGUUGAGGUAUCCAAAGGGCCCCAGCUCUUACUUUUCCUCGGGCUGUGUCUUUGUAUUCCGCACACCCUCAACACGGGAAGCGGCCCGCGCAGGAUUCGUCGACGGUCCUCUAGCCGCCGUCAGCGCCCGCCAUACGACAACGUUCUCCAGCUCUGAGGAAGCAGGGUCGGACAAAGACUCGUCUAUCGACCUUGCACGUGAACUCGUUGCGGCACUCCUGACAGCCCAACACCGGGCACGUGAGGGCCGUGCAGAGCGCCGCAUAGGCAAAGGCGAGUGGUGGGCUACGAAGCCGCGCUGGGGUGGCGGCUCUGGCGGCCCAAUUGGUCGCGAGGUGGACUCCGCUCCCAAUACAGACGAGGUCCUAGAUACCACUGCAAAGGAGGAGGGUGCUGGCACCAGUGCUAAUGAACCUGGAGGCGGAAGCGGCCUUGAUAGCGGUGCUGUCAGCAGUGGGCUACCCCGGCCCGGACGAUUUUCAUCCGGAAGAGGGGCCGGAGGUAUCAGCGGAGGCGGCGGCGGCGGACGAGCCAACCUGAUGAAUGCCCUCGAAUCUGCCUUUAGCAUCACUGGUAUGCCCGUCCGUGGCGCGACGAAAAAGCCGCGCAAAGGCUUGGCAAUGUACGACAACUACCGCAUGGUGCGCCCCCCGAGUUCUAGCUGGGACAAAAAGACACGGUUUCAAGCCAUUGGCCGGAAAGUUGACGCCGAUUACGAUGACAUAUUCGUCGUGAGCGCACUCUUCCACCAUAUGUCCAUUGUGCGUAUGCGUGUACCCCAGCGGUUGCUGCAAGCACUGGACGGGGUCGAAGCAGGAGACGACGUGGCCCUGGAUGGCAUAUGGGCAGGGCUUGAAGUGGUUCGCAGUCCUUGGUUCGAUUUCUUUAAGUUUGAGGACCGGUUAAAGGCCAUGCGACUUUCUUGGGCCAUGAUGGCCUAUCUGUUGCGCGAGCAGGACACUGACAUGAAGAUGGGCGGUGACGCGUGA